GGCCGCCACCAUGGAGCCCCAGCGCCGCGAGCUGCUCGCCCAGUGUCAGCAGAGCCUGGCCCAGGCCAUGACGGAGGUGGAAGCCGUGCUCGGGCUGCUCGAGGCCGCGGGCGCGCUGAGCCCCGGCGAGCGGCGGCAGCUGGACGAGGAGGCGGGAGGCGCCAAGGCGGAGCUGCUGCUCAAGCUGCUCCUGGCCAAGGAGCGCGACCACUUCCAGGACCUGCGGGCGGCGCUGGAGAAGACCCAGCCUCACCUGCUGCCCAUCCUGUACCCGAACGGCGUCGUGGGGCCGCCGCAGCCCGCCGAGGGCGCGGGUUCCACGUACAGCGUCCUGUCCAUCAUGCCGUCAGACUCAGAGAGCAGCAGCUCCCUCAGCAGUGUGGGCACCACCGGGAAGGCGCCGUCCCCGCCACCCCUGCUCGCUGACCGGCAGGUGAACGAGAAGGUGGAGAACCUGUCCAUUCAGCUGCGUCUGAUGACCCGGGAGAGGAACGAGCUGCGCAAGCGCCUGGCCUUCGCCACUCACGGGACGACCUUCGACAAAAGGCCCUCCCAUAGGCUGAACCCCGACUACGAGAGGCUCAAGAUCCAGUGUGUGCGGGCCAUGUCGGACCUGCAGAGCCUGCAGAACCAGCACACCAAUGCCUUGAAGAGGUGCGAGGAGGUGGCCAAGGAGACUGACUUCUACCACACACUGCACAGCCGGCUCCUGAGCGACCAGACUCAGCUGAAGGACGACGUGGACAUGCUGCGGCGGGAGAACGGGCAGCUGCUGCGGGAACGGAACCUGCUGCGCCAGUCCUGGGAGGACAUGAAGCGGCUGCACGAGGAGGACCAGAAGGAGAUCGGCGACCUCCGCGCCCAGCAGCAGCAGGUGUUGAAGCACAACGGGUCAUCAGAGAUUCUCAACAAGCUGUAUGACACGGCCAUGGACAAGCUGGAGGUGGUCAAGAAGGACUACGACGCCCUGCGGAAGAGGUACAGCGAGAAGGUCGCCAUGCACAACUCAGACCUGAGCCGCCUGGAACAGCUCGGCGAGGAGAACCAGCGCCUGCUCAAGCAGACGGAGAUGCUGACCCAGCAGAGGGACACGGCCAUCCAGCUGCAGCACCAGUGUGCCCUCUCCCUGAGGAGGUUCGAGGCCAUCCACCAUGAGCUGAACAAGGCCACGGCCCAGAACAAGGACCUGCAGUGGGAGAUGGAGCUGCUGCAGUCGGAGCUGACGGAGCUGCGGACCACGCAGGUGAAGACGGCCAAGGAGUCGGAGAAGUACAAGGAGGAGCGCGACGCCGUGUACAGCGAGUACAAGCUCAUCAUGAGCGAGCGCGACCAGGUCAUCUCCGAGCUGGACAAGCUGCAGACCGAGGUGGAGCUGGCCGAGUCCAAGCUCAAGAGCAGCACGUCCGAGAAGAAGGCGGCCAGUGAGGAGGUGGAGGCGCUGCGGCAGAUCAAAGACACGGUGACAAUGGACGCUGGGAGAGCCAACAAGGAGGUCGAGAUCCUUCGAAAACAGUGCAAGGCUCUGUGCCAGGAGCUGAAGGAAGCCCUCCAGGAGGCGGAUGUGGCCAAGUGCCGGCGGGACUGGGCCUUCCAGGAGCGCGACAAGAUCGUGGCCGAGCGGGACAGCAUCCGGACGCUGUGUGACAACCUGAGGCGGGAGCGGGACCGGGCGGUGAGCGAGCUGGCCGAGGCCCUGCGCAGCCUGGACGACACCCGCAAGCAGAAGAAUGACGUCAGCCGGGAGCUCCAGGAGCUCAAGGAGCAGAUGGAAUCCCAGCUAGAAAAGGAGGCCCGGUUCCGGCAGCUGAUGGCCCACAGCUCCCACGACUCUGCCAUUGACACCGACUCCAUGGAGUGGGAGACGGAAGUUGUGGAGUUCGAGAGGGAGACGGAGGAUGUCGACUUGAAAGCGCUGGGGUUUGACAUGGCAGAAGGUGUGAACGAGCCUUGCUUCCCUGGGGACUGUGGCAUAUUUGUCACUAAAGUGGACAAAGGAAGCAUUGCCGAUGGCCGCCUAAGGGUCAACGACUGGCUGCUGAGAAUCAACGACGUGGAUCUCAUCAACAAGGACAAGAAGCAGGCCAUGAAGGCGCUCCUCAACGGGGAGGGCGCUAUCAACAUGGUGGUGCGCCGCAGGAAGUCGCUGGGAGGGAAGGUGGUCACGCCGCUGCACAUCAGCCUCGGGGGGCAGAAAGACAGCGGCAUCAGCCUGGAGAGUGGCGUGUACGCGGCCGCCGUGCUGCCCGGCAGCCCUGCUGCCAGAGAAGGAUCCCUCGCCGUGGGCGACAGGAUCGUCGCGAUCAAUGGCAUUGCACUGGACAACAAGUCUCUGAACGAAUGUGAAUCUCUGCUGCGUAGCUGCCAGGACUCCUUGACCCUCUCCCUGCUGAAGGUGUUCCCGCAGAGCGCCUCGUGGAGCGGCCAGAACAUCUUUGAGAACAUCAAGGACUCCGAUAAGAUGCUGAGCUUUCGAGCCCACGGCCCCGAGUUCCAGGCCACUGGCAAACGGCACUUGAUGCAACACAAUAACUGCACGCAGACGGAUGUCUUCUGCGCCGACCGCCUGGAAGACAGGAAGGAGCCCGGCCCCGCCGGGGGCAGCAGCCCCUAUCCACACAAGCCGUUCCCCGGGGGACCCUUUCCCGUCUCCCCCCAGGCCUGUCCCAGUGCCUCGGAGCGUAGCCUGAGCUCCUUCCGCUCUGACGCGUCUGGGGAACGGGGCUACGGGCCGGCAGACGGGCGCGGCCGGCGGCCACUGCUGUCCUUCGAGAGCGAGCUGGGCCCCUGCGGGGCGGCAGAUGCCCCCCUGGAGCAGUCGGACCCCGAGGGCUCGAACAGUGGCGGGACCUGGCCCAAGGCUGUGCUCAGCUCCACGGCAGGGCCCGAGAAGCUCUCCGUGUACAAGAAGCCAAAGCAACGAAAGUCCAUCUUUGACCCCAACACUUUCAAACGUCCCCAGACACCCCCCAAAAUAGACUACCUGCUCCCAGGCCCCGGACCUGCUCACUCCCCCCAGCCCUCCAAGAGGGCGGGGCCCCUCACACCCCCCAAGCCGCCCAGGAGGAGCGACUCCAUCAAGUUCCAGCACAGACUGGAAACCAGUUCCGAGUCAGAGGCCACCCUGGUGGGCAGCUCCCCGUCCACCAGCCCCCCAAGCGCCCCGGCCCCCGACGGGGGUCCCGGGGAACCCAUGCAUGCCUCGCCCCCACGCAAGGCCAGGGUCCGCAUCGCUUCCAGCUACUACCCCGAAGGGGACGGGGACUCCUCCUGCCUGCCAGCCAAGAAGUCCUGCGACGAGGACCUCACCUCCCAGAAGGUGGACGAGCUGGGGCAGAAGCGCCGCCGGCCGAAGUCUGCGCCCAGCUGUCGGCCCAAGCUUGCUCCCGUGGUGAUUCCCGCCCAGUUCCUGGAGGAGCAGAAGUGCGUGCCGGCCGGUGGGGAACUCUCCCCAGAGCUCCAGGACUGGGCCCCUUACUCUCCAGGACAUUCCAGUAGGCACAGCAACCCCCCGCUGUACCCCAACAGGCCGUCUGUGGGCACUGUUCCCCGCAGCAUGACCCCCAGCACCACGGUGAGCUCCAUCCUGCGGAACCCCAUCUACACCGUGCGCAGCCACAGGGUCGGCCCCUGCAGCUCCCCUCCUGUGCCCCGAGACGUCGGCCCCCAGGGCUUGCAUCCCAGUGUCCAGCACCAGGGGCGGCUGAGCCUGGACCUGAGCCACAGGGCCUGCGGCGACUACUCGGAGAUGCGAGCCUCCCAUGGGUCCAACUCGCUGCCCUCCAGUGCCCGCCUUGGGUCUUCCAGCAACCUGCAGUUCAAGACAGAGCGCAUCAAAAUCCCGUGCACCCCAAGAUACCCGCGCUCUGUCGUGGGCUCCGACAGAGGCUCGCUGUCGCAUUCUGAGUGCAGCACUCCUCCGCAGUCCCCGCUGAGCGUGGACGCCCUGUCCUCCUGCAGCCAGUCCCAGGCCUCAGCCUCCACGUUGCCCAGAAUCGCCGUCAACCCGGCGUCCCUUGGUGACCGCAGGAAGGACAGGCCUUACGUGGAGGAGCCGCGCCACGUGAGGGUGCAGAAGGGCUCCGAGCCGCUGGGCAUCUCCAUCGUGAGCGGCGAGAAGGGCGGCAUCUACGUUUCCAAGGUGACCGCGGGGAGCAUCGCUCACCAGGCCGGCCUUGAGUACGGGGACCAGUUACUUGAGUUCAACGGCAUAAACCUCCGGAGCGCCACAGAGCAGCAGGCGCGGCUCAUCAUUGGGCAGCAGUGCGACACCAUCACCAUCCUGGCCCAGUACAACCCACACAUCCACCAGCUCAGCAGCCACUCCCGGUCCAGCUCCCACCUGGACCCUGCCGGCACCCACUCCAGUCUCCAGGGCAGCGGGGCCACCACCCCAGAGCAUCCCUCUGCCAUCGAUCCGCUGAUGGAGCAGGACGAGGGCCCUGGCACACCCCCAGCCCGGCAGAGCACCGCCGGCUGCAGGAUUGCGGGGGACGCCCCCAAGAAGCCCCUGGAGCCUCGUGUGGUCUUCAUCAAAACGUCGCAGCUGGAGCUCGGCGUGCAUCUGUGUGGCGGGAACCUGCACGGCGUGUUUGUGGCCGAGGUGGAGGAUGACAGCCCCGCCCAGGGUCCCGACGGGCUCGUGCCAGGGGACCUGGUCCUCGAGUACGGCGGCAUGGACGUGCGGACCAAGACGGUGGAGGAAGUCUACGUGGAGAUGCUGAAGCCCAAGGAUGGAGUCCGCCUCAAGGUGCAGUUCCGCCCCGAGGACUUCGCCAAGGUCAGGGGCCUGCCGGGAGACAGCUUCUACAUCAGGGCCCUGUAUGACCGGCAGGCGGAGGUGGAGCACGAGCUGAGCUUCAAGAAAGACGACAUCCUGUACGUGGACGACACCCUGCCCCAGGGCGCCUUUGGGUCCUGGAUGGCUUGGCAGCUGGACGAGAACGCCCAGAAGAUCCAGCGCGGGCAGAUCCCCAGCAGAUUCGUGAUGGACCAAGAGUUCUCCAGGAGACUCAGCGUGUCGGAGGUCAGAGACGACGGUGGUGCCGCCAGGACGCUGUCGGCAGCCGCCCGCCGCUCCUUCUUCCGCCGGAAGCACAAGCACAAACGCAGCGGGUCCAGGGACGGCAAGGACCUCCUCGCCUUGGACACCUUCUCCGGCGACUCCAUUCCACUGUUUGAAGACUCAGCGAGCCUGGCCUAUCAGCGGGUGCAGAAGGUGGACUGCACCUCCCUGAGGCCUGUCCUGAUCCUGGGGCCUUUACUGGACGUGGUGAAGGAGAUGCUGGUGAACGAGGCUCCCGGCAAGUUCUGCAGAUGCCCCCUCGAGGUGAUGAAGGCCUCGCAGCAGGCCAUCGAGCGCGGCGUCAAGGACUGCCUGUUUGUCGACUACAAGCGGAGGAGCGGCCACUUCGACGUGACCACGGUGGCCUCGAUAAAGGAGAUCACAGAAAAGAACCGGCACUGCCUCCUGGACAUCGCCCCCCACGCCAUCGAGCGGCUGCACCACAUGCACAUCUACCCCAUCGUCAUCUUCAUCCACUACAAGAGCGCCAAGCACAUCAAGGAGCAGAGGGACCCCAUCUACCUGAGGGACAAGGUGACUCAGAGGCACUCCAAAGAGCAGUUUGAGACGGCUCAGAAGAUAGAGCAGGAGUACGGCAGGUACUUCACAGGGGUCGUCCAGGGAGGAGCCUUGUCAAGCGUCUGCACUCAGAUCUUGGCCACGGUCAGUGAGGAGCAGAACAAGGUCCUGUGGAUCCCCGCCUGCCCGCUCUAGGGCCGAGAUGGCGGCUGGCCUGCCCAGCGCCAGGGAUCCAGAAGCUCCUCCUUUGUGGACAGAGGGUGGCCGCCUGGGACCCGGCCCAGGCCAGCAGGCUAUGAGCCGCCCACGCGCGUGCUUGAAGACACGAGCUAGCAGACAACAAAUGACUUUGGUGGAGGGCUCUCGCCGCCGCCUUCCUCGAGCCACAGCCGGUCCGCGGUGCUGCACACGGGUGCCCUGGGACCCCCAGUUUACAAGCCUUUUCCAAGUGUUGGGUUGCUCAUGUUUACUUGAACGGCUCCCUGAUGCCGGGGCCCAGCCCUUGCCCCCGUCAGCCCCCCGUGCUUUGGUGUAGGUUCUGUGCCUGUCUACGGCAGGAUGACCCUGGAACCUCGUGGGUGGCUCUUGUCCCCAGGACCAGAGCCCUGAUGGACCCCCUGUCCCCGGCGGCACCUCUUCUGGAAGGACAUCACGACCGCAGGUGCUCAGGCCGCUGCUGGGGGCAGGGCCAGUGCCUUCGUGGGCCUCAGUCCCUGCCCGCCCCGGGCUGGGGGCGGCUCUGGGCCUGUGUCUCCUGCCUGCCACAGCCUCCCGUUUCCUCGCUGCAUCCACCCGGCUCGCCGGAGCCCCGCGGUUCCUGGCGGGUGCCGAGUCCGUCCUCGGUUCCGGUUCCGUGGGCCGUGGCGGCCUUCCCGGUGCAGCACUGCAGGGCGGUCGGGAGCCCGUUGGUGCGUGGUGGGCACAGCCUUUCCCCCUGAUGUGGAAGCACUCGCGUUUCAGGAUUGGGCUGCACAGCAGCAUCACCACAUCUGAAACCCACAAAGACAAACCAGGGUCUGGUGUUUUUUUUUUUUUUUUUUUUUUUUUUUUUUGGUAGUUUUGGUUACCGGACUCUGCCAGGCUGGCUGAGGGUUUGUUUCUUUGUUUCUGUCUUCGUUCCUUUGCACUCUGAGCUCCAUGUGUCGGCUGCAGGUGGGCGGCGGUUCCUGCUGGCACUGUGCCUCCCGUUAAACAUAGGUACUGUACUGGGCUCCGUGUGUCGGUGGGGUAGGACCUGUAUUUUAAUACUGUUCCCAGCAUUUCAUUUUACUAGCAGGAGAUCCUCGAUUUCAUUUUAUUCUUUGUAAUUCUAGAUGCUAGAUUAUAGUUUAGCCAUUACUGACUUUUUUUUUU